GGCGCCCGGGGCCCUGAGGUCGGGCCGUCGCCUGCCGACGUCCUCCUGUCGGCCCUGAGGUGUCCGGCCUGUGGCCCCAGGCUGUUCCCGUCGCAUGGCGGAGUGCUGCGGACGAUGCCUAUGAAGUCCGUGGUCGUGCUGGCCGCGCUGCUGCUGUUGCCUUCGCCAGUGCCGGCCCCUCGGCGCAUAACUGUGACACCUGAUGAAGAACAAAACUUGAAUCAUUAUGUAGAAGUUUUACAGAACAUGUUAUUAAGUGUUCCCACUAAAGAGAUAACUUCUGUCAAAGAAUCAGCGUCUUCAAUUACUGCUCAGUCGCUAAACCCUAAAAUAUCCAAAUUAAAUACUGCAACUAGACAUGGAGAUGUUUCAACAGAGAAAGAGAAAUCAACCAGUCGUCAUGCUACAACUCCCUUUACACCAGGCUUCCCAUGGCAAACAGGGAAGAAAAGACGUAAAACCACAGCGUUCUGGUCUGUUAGACCAAACAAUGUCUCUGUUGUUUUACGUACCGAUGAGCCAUUUAUUGAAAAGGAAGAGCCAGAGCCAGAGCCAGAGCCAAGUUCUACACGAAGUGUUAUUGAAUCAACCACAAUUGUAGAGACUGUCUCUUCAGGGAGCACCCUUGAUGUGGAUACUGCCGCAGAGCUGGAAGAUGUUCCUCAGCUUUCAGGAACUUACAUGUCACCUGAGUCUCAGAGGUUGAGAAAUGAAGAGAUUUUGAAAAAAAUUUCAGAUAUUCGUUCACAGGUGCGACGGGUCCCUGUUUCUGAGAGCCUCCAGCCACAAUAUAGAAAAGACAUUAUAGCCGCCAGAGAGCACUUAAAACGAAGCCUUGCUCUAGCUGCGGCAGCAGAACAUAGACUGCAAAAGAUGUAUGAAUCCGAGGCAAUACCUCUAGGACAAAGCAGUGGUGAAAAUGGAGACAUUGAAACUGUAAUAAACGUACUGUAUAACUCGAGAUCUAAGUUAUCUGAAUAUUUUGAUGUGAAAUCUAUUCCACCAGAGUUGAGAAGAAAAGCUACUGUAGUAAUUAAUAUAUUGAAAAAAACAUUAUGUGCAAGUCAAGUAGAAACUCAAAGUCUUAUUAAGAAGUUAUUAAGCAAUAAUAUGCAAAUUUUAAACAUACUUGAUGUUCCUUGAUAGAGUUGAUUUAAGCGAACUGUGCAUUGAUUCACAGAAGAACUAAACUUACUAGUGAGUCAGAGUUGUAAAAAUGAUAUUUUCUAUUGCAGCCCAAUAUGCUAGCAUCUUUAUGUGACAUUUAUUUAAAUGUAUGC